CAUUCUCCGGAAUUGGAAUUAAAAACUCGAGACAUCUGAUUAAGAGAAAAAACAGACUUUCUUGAACACCACUUCCUUCAAGGUUGAAACCCGAGAUCUCUGAUUAAGAGUUUACUGGCUACUACUGUAAUUCAAAUAAACAUGGACAUGGAAUCAUCAAAGGCAAAGUUAAGACCAUCCAACAACUUCAUAAAUUUGGAUCAACAUCAUCAAUAUUUCAACAACAUUAUGGAUUUGAAAACAAUGAAGAAUUCUGGUGGUGAGUAUAACAGAUCAUUUACACAAGGACAAGGCAAAAAGAUGUUAUCAAAGAGUUAUUUCAGCUUGGAGUCAAUAAUUUUACUGCUUGGUCUAACAGCAUCUUUGUUACUUUUGCCAUUAAUACUUCCACCAUUGCCACCACCACCAUUUAUGUUGUUGUUAGUACCAAUUUUCAUUCUUGUUGUUCUUAUGGUCUUAGCUUUUAUGCCUUCUAAUGUUAGAAAUGUGACUUACUCAUAUCUUUGAUUGUAGUUAAUUUAGAGAGAUUAUGAAGAUAGUUUCUGUUGUUUUGACAUAAUGAUAAAUGAAAUACAUUUUUUCAUCUCUCAUA